GGACAACUUGUCCAUGAAUAUAUGAAGCAUAAACUUUAGGAAAUAGUAGUUCGUACUUCGUAACUUAUGAUUUGUGAUUUACUAUUCCAUCGACUUUUUCGUCAUUCCCUCCGUCAUGGUACAUGAUCUUUAUUCAUACCGAAAGUACAAGUUUAUAACUAAUUCGCCUUUUUAAUCCCCAUUUUCUUAGUUUUCAUAUAUAUGCUGCCUUCAAUUCUCAUAUUAAUUAAUAGUAAUAAGUAUUCCUACUUCCUAGUAUUAAUUAAAAGUACUAGGUUGAAGUUGUUACAAUCUAGAGCAAAACCCGAGAUCGCAAUCUUAUAUUUGUCCCUGAAAGUAAUGAGAUACAAAUAUUCAUGGGAAAACUCAACCACGGUGACCAAUCAUGUGACAAAACAAGAAAAAUAAAGGGUGUUGUUAUUCGUCGCUCCCAUUUUACCGGGCGUCGCUCGCAUUUUUUGCUUGAAAUUCCUAAAUUGCCCCUUGGUUAUAAAUAGCCACGAGACUCCCGAACUACACAUUUCACACUUGAAUUUUCUCUCUCUAAAAUCUGUAAUCUCUCUAAAAAAUCACAUUUGUAAUUUUCUCCAAAAAAAAAAAAAACCAAAACCGAAAACAACCACAAUCGACUUGCAAUGGCUGACCGGAGGCACAUAAGGUUCACGCAUGGUGGUCGUGGCGGCGGUGGAUUUUCCGGCGAACAGAUUGAGGGUUCGGGAACUCGUCACGCAAUAUCUAGGCGUUUGAACGCCUCAGUUAGGCGGGAGUCAGGCCGUUUAGGAAAUACGGCCGAACCGUUCGAUCACCAGCAGCAGUAUGGGUAUGCUGGUAACUGGUCGGGGGAGCAGCAGCCAGAACGUAGCAUCCCCAUGUACUCGUCGGGUGGAGUGCCUUCACCUUCAUCUGACGAUGAGGACGACGAGGCAAGUCAGGCUUCCCGCGAUCAAGAGUAUAACCCUCGUUAUUAUCAUACGGUGCAACGGGGUCAGACUGGGAGAUUUUUCAGCAGUAGUCAAACCAGUCACCCUUCCACCAGCACAGCAGAGGCAUGGGUAGUGCAGGAGGCGAUGCCAGGAGGUCCUGAGGAUGGGACCGUUAUCCCUAGCUUUGGGGGGCACGUGGCUGCGUAUAUAUGGGGCGGGCAGGAGCGUAAUGUUUUGCGCUGUUUGGGCAGGACGCAGUUGUGUUCUGAGUUGGUCGCCUGGCGAGGUCGUCUUGCACAGGAGCAUCUGGAGUUGAUUGACAGUAGCGGUCUGUCUCACUUACCUGGGAUCAUGUUCAGGCGUUUGGAUUGGCCGCUGAUUUCAGCUUUUGUUGAGAGAUGGCAACCAGAUACGAACACGUUCCAUAUGCCAUUUGGGGAGAUUACGGUCAUGCUGCAUGAUGUGUACUACAUACUAGGGCUUCGUGUAGAUGGUAGCAUGGUGUCCGCUACUCCCAGCACGGACACCCUACGGGACGCAUGCUCGAUCACCAUGGACUUGACUGCAGAGGAGCUGAAUGAGAAGAGCGGUACCAAGACCAUCUGGCAGGGGAGUGGGGUGCUGACGGAGAGGAUUGCGGAGUCGACCCUGGAGUCGCAGAGGCCUUUUAAUGUCCAUUACAGUGCCUACCUGUGGUUAGUGCUGGGCGGAUGUCUGUUUCUGGACAAGAGUGGUAACCGUACUCAUCCGUCCUUCCUCAGCGAGCUUGUUGUGGAUGAUCUGCCGAUCGAUGAGUACUCUUGGGGUUCAGCUGUUCUAGCGUAUUUGUAUCGGCAUUUGGGUACGGCAUCUAGGAAAGAUGCCGAUUCUAUCGCUGGUUGUCUCACACUUCUGCAGGCGUGGAUCUAUGAGUAUUUUUCAUGCUUCCGGCCUCAGCAGGGUACCUUGACUAGGGAGCUUAGUGUUCCGCGUGCCUCAGCUUGGGAUGUGGGAUCGGGAUGCCCCAACAAGAGCAUGGAGCGCCUCCUCGCAUUUAGAUCUAGAUUGGAUCAGCUGACCGAUAAUGAGGUUAACUGGCUCCCGUACGGGAUUGAUCCGGCACGUCGCGUGCCAGCCACUUUAUUCAUUGGCUGCAUCCAGUAUCGAGGUAUCAUUGAGCCAUACAUGCCUGAUCGAGUCGUUCGUCAGCUGGGAUUUGUGCUGGACAUUCCGGGGACCAUUAUCAGGCCUGAGAAGGCUAAGAGGCCGACGAACUUGAAGAUGUAUCGGGUAGAGUUCCCAACUGAGAUGACAUCAGUGAUGUGGACUCGGUUUGUCCCUGGAUCGUCGUUUAGUGUUGUUCCCGGUGCCCUUACCCGACUCGGCGGUGGAGCUCCUACGGUCGGUCCUGGUUACAUGCAGUGGCUCUACCGAUUUUCGCAUCCUCGUAUUUCUCCGGUUGGGUCUUCAGUUGGGGACAGACUUCUAGAGAGGACUAACACGGACUACUGGAUGGGUCGUUCCUUGGAGAUUCACCGUAGGGCACUGGCAGAGUAUCCCAGCAUGUCGCCUGACACGAGGGGGAUGACUGAGCAGCUGAUUUUGGACUGGCAGGCGAGGAUGGGGCUGUGAUCCACUUCUGUUUUUGUUUACCAUUAGCUAGUCCAUCUGAAACUUUGUUUUGUAAAUAAAAAUAAUGUAAUUGCGAGUUUUGUUUCAACUUUGUAUCAUUAAUUUGAUUAAUUUCCUUAUAUUAUAUCCGUAGAACUGUUCAACCUAAAUUAC